GUCUGGAGCGGGAGCCCCGCAGGUGCGGAGCUGAGCGCGGCCCCCGGCGCAGAGGCGGCGCGGCUCACCUGGUCCCGUCCUGGCGCCCGCAGCUCCGCCGAGGACGCGACGCACCCCUCCCCAGGGCACCAUGCCCGGCUUGUACUGCCCCUCCAGCUGGACGCCGCUGCCCCUCACCGACUCCUGGGUCCGGGCCUGCGCCAACGGACCCUGCCUCAGCCUGCGGGCCCGGCUCACCUACCACAACCCGCAGGCGCAGCCAGUGGACGGUGUGUUCGUGUACCCGCUGGCCGAGGCCGAAGUGGUGUCAGGCUUUGAGGCAGAGGCUGCGGGACGGCGGGUCUCCUUCCAGCUGCAGAGCAGGCGUCGUUCGCAGGGCGCGUGCUGCCGCGCACUGGGUCCCGCGUUGGGGGCCUCGAUGCCCCGCCGCUGUGCGCAGGGUCAUCUUGUCUUGGAUCUGGCCCAGUCCCGGUCCACACUGGUGCUGCCCACUGGCCUCAUCACCCCAGCGGGCACCAUGACAGUGACCCUGUGCAGCAGCCAGGCGCUGCCCUCAAGGCCUGAUGGGGUGCUGCGUGUGGCUCUGCCCUCUGUGCUCACCCCACUGGCCCUGCCAGGUCCUCCGGGCGCCCCCAGACCUCCGGGGCUCUGUGACGACAGGUUGGGCCUAUGCCCCACCAGCUGCUUUGGGGUGGGCAGCCCUCAGGAUGAAGGUCCGGCCUGGGAAGAGCCAGCUGCCCCUCCGGACGUGUUCUUAGGCCCUGCCCGCUGCCCUGCCCCGUACACCUUCUCCUUCGAGAUGCUCGUGACUGGGCCGUGCCUACUGGCAGGCCUGGAGAGCCCCUCUCAUGCUCUGCGGGCAGAUGCCCCACCUCAUGCCAGCUCUGCAGCCACCAUCUGUGUCACACUGGCUGAGAGCCACCGCUGUGACCGGGCCUUGGAGAUCCUGCUACACCCCAGUGAGCCCCACCAGCCACACCUGAUGCUGGAGGCUGGCAGUCUGAGUUCAGCAGAAUAUGAGGCCCGGGUGAGGGCCCGCCGGGAUUUCCAGAGGCUCCGGCGAAGGAACAGUGAUGUGGACCGGCAGGUGUGGUUCCUGCAGCGGCGCUUCCACAAGGACAUCCUGCUGAACCCCGUGCUGAUGCUGAGCUUCUGCCCAGACCUGAGCGCGAAGCCGGGACACCUGGGCACAGCUACGCGAGAGCUCCUCUUCCUGUUGGAUGGCAGCAGCGCGGCACACAAGGAUGCCAUCGUUUUAGCCGUGAAGUCGCUCCCGUCCCAGACUCUCGUCAACCUGGCCAUGUUUGGCACCUUGGUGCAGCCCCUCUUCCCAGAGAGCAGGCUUUGCAGUGAUGACACGGUGAGGCUGGUCUGUGAGAGUGUCGAGACCCUGCAGGCGGUGGGAGGUCCCCCAGACGUGCUGGCUGUGCUGGACUGGGCCAUGAGGCAGCCCCAGCACAGGGCCCACCCUCGGCAGCUGUUCCUGCUCACUGCUGCCUCACCUACCACUGUCACUACCCACCAAACCCUGGAGCUCGUGAGGUGGCACAGGGGGGCAGCAAGGUGCUUCUCCUUUGGGCUAGGGCCUGCCUGCCACCAGCUGCUCCGGGGUCUGUCUGCCCUCAGCAGGGGCCAGGCCUACUUCCCGAGGCCUGGAGAGAGGCUGCAGCCCAUGCUGGUGCAGGCUCUGCGGAAGGCACUGGAGCCCGCUCUGAGUGACGUCUCUGUGGACUGGUUUGUGCCCGAUGCGGUGGAGGCACUGCUGACCCCCCGGGAGAUCCCAGCACUCUACCCCGGGGACCAGCUGCUCGGUUACUGCUCACUCUUUAGGGUGGAUGGCUUCCGGCCCCGCGCCCCUGGGGGCCAAGAACCUGGCUGGCAGAGCUUGGGUGGCUCCGUCUUCCCAUCCCCAGAGGAGGUGCCAUCCGCCACCAGCCCUGGCACUGAUCCCACUGGCACCUCAGAGCCAGUGGGAACGGGCACCGCGUCAGGAGAGCUGUCCAGCCCGUGGGCUGCUGGGGACUCAGAGCAGAGUGCUGAUGCUCUGACGGACCCAGUCACGGACCCUGGACCCAACCCCUCUUCUGACACAGCCAUAUGGCGUCGCAUCUUCCAGUCCUCGUACAUUCGGGAGCAGUAUGUGCUCACCCACUGCUCUGCCAGCCCCGAGCCAGGCCCGGGCUCCACGGGCAGCAGCGAGUCCCCCAGAUCCCAGGGCCCCGGCUCCCCGGAGGGCAGUGCCCCUCUGGAUCCCCCCUCUCAGCAGGGCUGCCGCAGCCUUCCCCUGAGCGGGGAACCUGCAGGCUCCCGCUCCUGCCCUCUGCCUCCACCCCCACUGGCUCCAGUCAAGGCUGGGGCCUUGAGUGCUGAGGUGCUGGGCCGUCGACGCAGAGCGGCUCUGGCUGGCCGAAGCCUCUCAUCACCCCCAGGCCGGGUGAACCCAGUCCUUGGCCGUCCCCGGCACCCCUCUCUGGGUGCAGCACCAGAAAGGACAGGCCCUGAGUCAGGGCAGCAGCUGGGACAAGGCGUCGAUGACUCAGGAACCCUGCUCUCCCCAGCCCCCAUGGACUGGGACAUGUGGAUGGAGCCACCCUUCUUGUUCACGGCCGUGCCCCCCGACGGGGAACCGGCCACCCCGGCAGUGCCACUGCCUCCCCAGGCCCCACGCUGCCAUGUGGUGAUCCGGGCCCUGUGUGGGGAGCAGCCUAUGUGCUGGGAGGUGGGUGUUGGACUAGAGACACUUUGGGGGCCUGGGGAUGAUGGCUCACGGCCUCCAUCAUCCCCUGGAAGAGAAGGCGCUUGGGACCAAGCACUCCAUCGGCUGACAGCGGCUUCCGUGGUCCGGGACAAUGAGCAGCUGGCUCUCCGAGGGGCUGAGACCAUGGCGGACUGGGGCCAUGCCCGGAGGUCCCGGCUCCGAGCCCUUCAGACAAGCAAGGUCAGCUCUGCCCCCUCCUGCUUCACCUGCCCCGUAGCUGUGGAUGCUGCCACUAGGGAGGUCCUGCCCUCAGCCCUGCAGGUGCGGAGCUCAGAGCCAGCUGAGCCCCCAGGCACCCCAGCAUGCACCCCUCCUGCUUCUCAGGGCCCUCUAGAUGCAGCGCUUCUCCCCACAGCUGUCCGCUGUAAAGGUGGCUUGGAUCCGGACCAAAAUGACAACUCCAAGUCUGCUUUGGGGGACCCUGCAGCCCCUACUGGAGGUCCUCAACACAUGUCCCCACAGCCUCCUUUGAGGCUCGGUCUGGGUCGCUGGAAGACUGCAGGCCCAGAAAGCAGUAGACUCUGCAGCCCCAACACGCGCCAGACAAGUGGUGGCCACAGUGAAGGCAGCGACCAUGACUAUCUGCCCUUGGUGAGGACUCGGGAGGUGGAGGGUGGUGUUGCCAGGGCCAGGGCUGUCUCAGCUCACUUCUCCCCCCACCUCCUCUCUCCUCAGGUGCGGUUGCAGGAGGCCCCCGGCUCCUUCCGCCUGGACGCCCCCUUCUGCACUGCGGUGCACAUCCCACAGGAGCGCCUGUGCCGGGCCUCACCCUUCGCUGCGCACCGCGCCAGCCUCAGCCCCACCUCAGCCUCAUCUCCCUGGGCACUCCUGGGCCCUGGUGUCAGCCAGGGUGACAGUGCCACGGCUUCCUGCAGCCCAUCCCCCAGCUCAGGCUCUGAGGGUACAGGCCAGGUGGACAGCGGGCAGGGUUCAGACACAGAGGCCUCAGAGGGUGCAGGAGGGCAGGGUGGUGCCGACCUUCGGGGCAGGACCUGGGCCACCGCAGUGGCACUUGCGUGGCUGGAGCAUCGCUGUGCUGCUGCCUUCAGCGAGUGGGAACUGGCAGCAGCUAAAGCUGACUGUUGGCUGCGGGCACAGCACUUGCCCGACGGCCUUGACCUGGCUGCCCUCAAGGCUGCCGCCCGGGGUCUCUUCCUGCUGCUACGCCACUGGGACCAGAACCUGCAGCUACACCUGCUGUGUUACAGCCCAGCAAAUGUGUGAAGGUUGCCCACU